UGAAAUUAAUAUCAAUAACAUUCUUUUUUCAAAAUAUUAUGGCCUUAUACUUUACAGACAGAGAUAUGAACUUUUUAGAUUAUUUUAAUAGCUUUGAAAUAAAGUAGUUUUUGGCAGAGAGACUUUAAAAGUCAAUCCAAGAAUUAGUAAGUUUUAAGAAUUCGUACAGAAGAAAUGUAUUUGGAGUGAAUAAAAACCAUAACAUAUAAAAUGCCUCCCAUUGAUGAAAAUAAAGGUCCGGUGCUUGGAGCCCGACAUCUACAGGCUUUUCUGCUUUUUCUUGCAAUAGCUGUUUGCUAUGCAGGCCGGUUAAAUGUUUCCGUUUCAUUGGUUGCCAUGACAGAUGCAGAGACUACAAAUCCUGAUUUUCAUGAAUUCAAUUGGAAUGAAAAACAAAAGUCAUACAUCUUGAGCAGUUUCUAUUGGGGUUAUGUAGUAACUCAAUUUCCAGGUGCUUACAUGGCUAGAAAUUUCGGCGUGAAAACCUGUAUACUCAUAGCAACUCUUGGAUCUUCAAUCUGUAACAUAAUCCUACCAUUUUGCGUUCCCUGGGGCCAAUGGCAAGUUUAUUGUGUCAUUCGAAUUAUCCAGGGUCUUUUUCAGGGAUUGAUAUUUCCGAUUGUUCAUGCUCAUCUAGCGGUUUGGUCACCUGUCGAGGAACGAACUCUUCUUGGUGCACUUAGCCAUCUUGGAAUUGAGUGUGGCACUGUACUAGCUAUGAGUCUUACCGGCCUUAUAGCUGCAUCAGAUCUCGGAUGGCCGGGAAUUUCGUAUGUCUAUGGUGGAAUAGGAAUCGUUUUCUGUGGAAUUUGGAUGAUUUUUGCAGAAAAUAACCCAGCUGACGCUCGAUUUAUAACUUCAAGGGAGAAGAAGUAUAUUGUUAUGUCGCAGGCUAGUGCCGAUGGGGAAACCAAUGAGACAAUACCAAUCCCCUGGAAAGCUAUUCUCACAUCAGUGCCAUUUAUUUCUCUUAUCGUUACACGAAUCUGCCACGCUUGGGGCUUCUCAAUAAUGCAAGCCCAGAUUCCAGCUUAUCUUCAUGGGGUUCUAAACAUGAAUAUCAAGAGCAAUGCAUUGUUCUCAACACUGCCCUACAUAGCCAUGUUGGCUUGUUCAUUCAUAUUUCUUAUUCUAGCCGAAAUUGUUAUGAAGAAGGAGUGGGCCUCGUUGGGUGUCGUACGAAAAACUAUAAACACUAUUGCAAUGUGGGGACCAGCUGCAUUACUUUUCGGAAUAGGAUUUCUAGAUGAAAAUCAAAAAAAUUUGGCCAUCAUCCUUUUGACUUUCAAUGUUGGUCUUAAUGGUGGCAAUACAAUAGGAAGUCUCCUGAACACAAUCGAUUUGUCUUCAAAUCAUGCUGGCGUAUUGAUGUCAAUUUUGAAUGGCGUAGGGAAUUGCAUACCAAUUAUAACUCCUCUUGCUGUCGGAAUUAUUGUUUAUGAUGAAACUCAAAGAUCACUUUGGCAAAUUGUCUUUAUUAUUGCUGCAAUACUAUACUUUGUCGGAAACCUUCAAUACAUUAUAUUGGGCUCAACUAAUACUCAGCCUUGGAAUGAUGAAGACUUUCUUUUGAAGCGUAACACUGAGCAAUUGACCAGUUUUGAAAAAUCCUUGAUGAAAAAUAGUAAUUCAAAUAUAAAUAUUGAAAGAAAUUCAGAAACUAAUUUGAAAACACUUGUUUUUUAAGAAAAAAACAAAUAAAAUGUGCUUAAAGUUUGUUUCACUGACCGACUGAAAAAUGUA